AUGACGGAUAUAAAAUCCAUGUUCCACCAGUUCUACGUGAAACGAAUAGAUCGAGAUCUUCUGAGAUUCUUGUGGUGGAAAGAUGGCGAUAUGCAAAAACCUAUAGUGGAACAUCGAAUGAAGGUACAUUUGUUUGGUGCUGUAAGCUCGCCAGGGAUCGCCAAUUUUGGACUUAAACGAGCAGCCGAUGAUGGGGAAGAAGAAUUUGGCACAACCCCUGAGGAAGCAAUUGAUGUCAUACACCAAGCUAAAGGUGUUUGUGAGAAAGCUGGUUUGCAGCUCCACAAAAUCAUCAGCAAUAAUCGAAAAGUUUUAAAAAGUGUGUCUUCUGAUGAGCGCUGUGCGAGAUAA